GUGAAUUUCGCGCCAAAAUGCAAGACCUGUUAUCUUACACGUGAUUGGUCCGUACAUAACUUAUAAUCUUGUCGUAAUCCCAAUAUCUCGAUUCUUAGGAAUUUUUGGGGGGUUUUGUGCCAUUUUCUCAAGAUUUUCCGAGCGGUUCCCCCAAAAUGACAGUUUUCUCAUAAAUAGGGAGAUUAGUGCGUGUUCUGGUGACGAGGUUAAAUAGGUUGCGUGAGUUUUGCGGAGUACUCCGCAACGUUGUAUAUUAAAGUUCUUAUGAUGCCAUUUCAAGUUAUUCUACAGCAUGUGAUGUUGGGUCUUUGGUAUUUCGUUCGUUUUCUAUUUUGCGUUAUAUAUUCGCCACAUGUAGGUCAGUUUUUACAUUGAAUAGAGGGAGAUCGCUAGGCAGUUAACUGCCAGCCUAUUAUUAAGAUCCACCUAAACCUAGUAGGAUUGUACUUUGAGUUUGUAGGAGCAUUUAUUUUACGUCUCAUGGACCACCUCCAUAGUCACGUUUGUUUUAAAGGAAAGAUUUGCCUCCUUACAUAACAUCUUAUGUACAUCAUGCAUAUACUUCUUUAUCAAGGGAUUCAUCCCUGUAGGUAUGAUUGUUAGUAUAUCCAAAUAGCCAAGGAAUAUUUUAUGUACGAUACACUGAAGAUAGUUUCAGUAUUUCUGUAGGAAUACUUUACUACAAUAUAUCUUUACAAUAAAUCAAGCUUGCAAUUUUUGUUAUAAGUUUGUGCCCAAACAGGUUGAUGUGAUAUUUACGUAUAACAAGUAGCGUUCAGCCUUUGCCUGAGAAAUUAUAAUUCCCAACUUCACAUUAAAUUUACUGUAUGCAUGAAAAAGACCCUAUUUUCUGAAGGCUAAUCUCAGUACGAAUAUUCACUAAACGUCAGAAAGUUUAAUUUGUCAGAUCAUUCAAAUGUUCUGUAUAAGAGUUAGUGGAUUGUAUACCAAUGUUGUCCGCUGAAUUCUGUAGGCACUUUGUUAGUCACAUGUUUUAAAUAAUUAACAUGAAGUUCUGUUAAUUCCUCAGAUAACACAGCCAAAUUACAUCUUGAUAAAAUGAUAUUCUACCAGAAAAUUGGUGGUGAAAGUUAUUUCAUUGAUAGUGUUACACACAACAGCUUUAUGUUGUUCAUCAUCUUACGUGAAUAUAUCUGUUCAUUAAUGAUGUCAGAUAACUCUGAGGACCAAAUACAGUAUAGUAAUUCAAAAGAAACAAUCAGUUUGUAUAUGCUAAUGUAUGAAAUGUUGAAGGAAAAUAUUGGUAAUCCAUUUGACAUAUUGAAAUGCAAUUCGCAAAGUGCACGUAUUCCUGCGUAUUUAAAACCACUGGUUCGAGGCCGAAUUGAAAGACUACGCAAUUACUAUGAGGCUGUUGCGUACACAAAUUUGUCAACAUUUAAAAAUCUAAUCUUUGCAAAAUCAUUGAAUGUUGGCAAUGAAAUUGAUGACGAUGACGAUGAGGAUAGUGGUGAUGGCGGAGGUGAUGUUAGUCAAAAUAGUAAUAGAAGAAGAUUUCUUUUGACUAAAGACAGCGUUUUCGGUCUGUUUAUAAGAAAAUUUUCACUUGGAAUUUAUUCUCAAAGUUUUGAAAAAAUAAUACAAUUCCUUGAUUCAUUCUUUGAUGCCUAUGAUAAUGAAAUGUGUUCUAUAUCAAAUUUGGAUACUGAAGAUUUAAUUGUACAAAAGUUUGCUCAUUCAUUCACUAGAGAUCAAUAUUUAAUAUCAACUCGUAAUCAAGCUUUAGAUGUUUGUUCAGAAAUUAUUGAUUCUAUUGGAAAAAUUGGUGGACGUCCUAAUCUUAAUCUACAAAAAUACAAUGAACUUUUAUUAUUAGCUAAAAAAAUGUAUCCUGAAGUAUCAUAUACACAUUAUGCCUCACAUGUAUAUGCUUUGCAUAAACGAAAUCUUACGAUGGCUGAGAACGAAUUACAUGCAUACUUUGAAACAUGUAUGGCAUCGGUACAAAAUCCAGAAAUAUCAUUAACAACGUCAACAUUUUCUGGAACUGGCACAGUAUCAACAACUACAACGACAACAGCAGGACAAGGAACAAUCACAUCAUCAGUGUUAACUCCACCUAUCAAUUCUAGUAAUACCUGUGCUCAUAUGGCAGUGACUGGUGCUGCAAUGCAUUUAAAUUUCGGUCAUUGGUAUAAAGGAAAAUGUUUGAUUAAGGAAGCACUUCAAAAAUCGCUAGAAAGUGAAUCUAAAGAUUCACUUGGUCAUGUUAAAGUCACACAUACUUUAUUGAAUUCAAGUACUGAUCCAUUUCGUUAUGAUAAUGAAGUACCUAUGAAACAAUCAUUUAAAUCAAAUGAUGUUACAUUAACUGAAUUUCGUACAAAAUUUUGGAAUACAUUAGAUAUAGGAUCAGAACCAUAUAAACUAUUAACUGUUUACUUCAAUUCAGUUAAUACUAUAUCUCAAGCAUAUUUUACUGUUUGUCAAUUGGAUUUAGCUACAAUGUGGCAAUUUUAUGGUUAUCCAAAUAUGGCCACUGUAUUGAUGCAGUGUAUAAUUAAUGCAGAUUGUUUAGAACCAUGUCCUUAUUCCGAUACUGUAUUAGCUAAUGCUUUUGCAAACAUUAUAAAAGAGUUUAAUUCCAUGGGAUCAAUUGAGACAGCAUUAAAAUUAUCUAAAAUAUGUCGAUCUACAUUGUGUCGUUUUCCGAACCAAUCACCUUUGCUACAAGCUAGCAUGGAAGUUGAACUGGAGCAACAUCUAAGAUCUGGUUAUGAUUUAGCUCAAUGCGAUCGUUUGGUUAAUUCAAUAAAACUUUAUUGUCCAUGGGAAGCUGCUAUAAGGCAAGCUGAAGUUGAACAAAAACGUGGCAAUGUAUCUUAUACACAUGAUAUUCUACGUUAUAUUAUUGAUAGUGUCAUUGCAAGACGUGAUCAUGACUGUGGUCUAUUACAACAAUCGGCGAAUAAUAAUAAUAAGUUAUUACAUUCAAAUGAAUUAUGGAGUCAAACAAAACCAUUUUCCCAUAUAGUAUUGCCCACAUUUCCUGAGCAUACACCUGUUGGUGGAUUAUGUAAAUUAGCAUUGAUUGAGUUACGUGCACAUUUAGCUUUAAUUGAAUUGUUGAUUACAUUGAAGCUUUAUGUAUAUGCUUUCAACGAGAUUGAUAUCACAUUGAAAUUAUGUAAACAUUAUCGAUUAAGUUUAGGUAUAGAAAUGAUCAAAUUAUUACAAUGUGCUAUCCAUUUAUCCAUGAAUAACAAUAUGCUGAUGAAUACUAAUCCUACUAAUGAUCAUAAUGAUAACAAGAAGACUAAAAUUGAUCAUAUUAAUGUUGAUCCAACCUCUCUAUGGAUUAAUGGAUUGAAACAAACAAAUUCCAAUGUCAUAUUUGAAUUGAAUAAUAGUUUAGAAGAGAUAUUACAUCGUACAGAUCAAUUAACAAAAUAUCGUUGUCAAGUAUUUUUGAGUCGUACACGACUAUUAAUUGAUAUCAAUGAGAAUAAUCAUUCAUUUAUUCAAAUGCAUGUGUCAGAACUCUUAAAAGCACUCAACUAUUAUCGACAAUUAGAUGAUAGAAAACGUAUACUUGAUAUUCUAGUAUUAAUGGCAGCCGCAUUAAACUCAGUCAAUGAAUAUGUGAAACGAAAUGAAGUGUCCAGAUCAUUUCACAUAUUACGUGAACAUUUUGGUUUUAAAAGUUUACCUUCAAAACGUUUUACUGUUGAUAUUUUAUAAACAAGAUGCAUUUCCAUAAAUAAAUGUUGAAUAUUUUUUUG